AUGAUGCCAAAAUUAAGUCGAGAGAAUACUAUAAGUAAUGCAAGUUGUCUUCCAAGACAUUUAAAUAUAUAAGGAUUCUAAAAAUUCAAUAUAAAGUCUAAUUCUCCAAGAACAUUUUAAGCAUGUUAAGAAUUGGGCAUUGAUCCAAUAGUUUUAGAAUUAAAGUAAGUAAAAUUAUGUAUACAAGAGAAGAAUCAGAUUUCAAAUAAAAUGAUUUAGAUGAGGAAAUAAUUUAACUUAGAUACUAACAUUAUUUAAACAAAGCUCAUUGUAUAUAAUAAAUAAUAUGAUAAAAUAGAACUGUUUACUGAAAUAACUUAAAGAAGAAAAGAGAUAAUUUAGAGAUAAAGAUAAAAACUAUAAAAUAAUAAUGCAUCAAUAGAAUCCCUAGAUAGAUCUAAAACAAUUAAGUUGUAAUAAUCAUUAGAUUAAUCAGAGUAAUUAUCUUAAUAUAAUUUAGAGUUCGAAGAUAAAUUGAUUCAAUCUAUAAUAGAACAGUAUCCUUCUUACAUUAAAAGAGUGAAUCUCCUACUAAAGAUCAAUUUGCAGGUGAUGUUUAUGAUCUUAAUUAAUUGGAAGGUGGAAUAGAAAAAGAGAUUGAUAGAUACAAUAAACAUAAAAAAUAAAAAAUGGUAAAUAUAUUAAAUCAUAUUAAUAAAUAGAGAGAAGCAUAACUUAAAUUAUAAGAAGAUGCAAAAAGAUUAUAAUUAAUAGAGAAAUGGAAAUAAAAGGAUUCAUAAAUGUUAGAUUAAAUAUUGUAAAGACAAUAUGCAUUUAAAUAAAAGAUAAAAGCUUAAAGUAAUGGAAGGAAAACACCUUUAUAAAAAAUUCCAUAAUUUACAGAUCCAAAAUCAUUUAAAAGAGAUAGUGAUACUAAAAUUGACAAGUAAAAAAUAACAAAUUUAAAUUAAGAGGAGAUACUUCAUUAUAAAAAACUAUGUACAGAACUAGAAUUGAUGAUUCAAAGAUAAAAUAAAGAAGAGAGAUGGUUAUUUAAAGAAAAGAAGUACUAAAUAAAUUAGAAGAUAUGGAAUUAUAAUAAGACUUUGAGAAAUUAUAAUUGAAAUUAAAUUAAAGUGAAAAAUUAUCUAAACAAUAAGCAUAAAUUAAAGUUGAAAGAAUAAAGGAAUAAUAUUAUCGAGAAUAAUAAUUAAUUUAAUAAUAAAAGGAAAUUAAUGUUGUUUAAUCUCAAGAACAUUUAAGUGCUAUGAUUAGUAAAAUGAUUAAUAAAGAAUAAGAAUUUAGAGGGUAACUUUAAUCUUAAUUAAUAUCAGAAUUAGAAAAAAAAUAAUUAUAAAAAGAAAAAUAGAAGAAAAUUAAAUAGAAUUAAAAUGAUCUAUAUAAAGAUCAUGAGUAAAUAUAUUUUAUAUUCUUUAGUAAUAAAUUAAAAUAAUUAAAUGAUAAAUUUAUCAAAAUAGAAGAAUAAAAUAAAUUAAGAAAAUAAGAAUAAGAACAUAAAAUACUUUUAAAAUAGGAAUUAAGAAGAUUAAAAGAAUAAGAUAAAUUAGAUAAUUAUGAAAGAUAAAAAAGAUAAAAUGAUUAUAAAAUGAUGACUCUAUAUAUGAAAUCUAAAUUUAUUGAAGAAAAAAAUUAACUCAAAUAAUAUUAAAAUGUAUUGAUUUAAAUUAAAUAUAGGAAGUUAUUUAAAAAACAUCUAUGGAAAUAAAUAAAUAAGAAAUAUAAGAACGAUAAAGAAUAUAUUCAUAACUUUAAGAUUUAAGUGAUAAUUUAUUGAACUAUAAAGUAUAAACAAUUUAUUUAUCUUUAGAGUGUUUCAUAACAUGAAUCAAGAUAAAAAUAAGAUUAAGCAAAAUUUAAAAGUGUUAAGUAAUCAUUUUAUAUUUUAUAUCUUUUCUAGAUUACUUAAAAAAUUUGCUCAAUUAGAAGAUCCUAAUAUUGAGUAACAUACAAAAGUACUAUUAACAAUGCUUUAACCUAAACCUAUAGAAAAAGAUAAUUCUAAUAGAAAAUUAAGUGUUCACAAAAAAUGA